UGGCGGAGGCCAAGUAGCAAGGGGGCGGAGUGUGGCCGCCGGAAACCCGGCCGCUGCUGGGGGAGCUGCGGGCGAAGGCCCGGGAGCAGCGGGCGAAGGCCCGGGAGCAGCGGGCCGAGGCUGGCAAGAUGCUGUGCCCGGGAAGCGUCGUUAGUUACUGCUGAGGAAGGUGAAGCACAGAGCUGCCUUCCCGGACUCCCGGCGCCCCCUAUGUACGCCUCUCUGGGCUCGGGUCUGGUCACCGCUUUGCGUGCUUCUGCACCACCUUUUACUCUCGGGUCCUGGAGCUCCGGCAGCGGCAGCGGCAGCGGCUGUGUACCGCAGGAGAGAAAGCGCCCAAGCGGCGUCCGUACUUCUUGCCGCGGGGCGAGCGUCUGGCAGGCCUCCAGUUGGACCCUGGCUUUGCAAGCCCUCCAUUCUCACACCGUGCGAGGGAGUCGCGACGCCUGCCGCCCUCCGCACCUUUCCUGGCUCCUGGUGAAGCUUCACCGGUCCAAGCGGUCUCUCCUUCGCGUUAGGUCCAAGGGUAGCCAAGGAUGGCUGCAGCUUCAUAUGAUCAGUUGUUAAAGCAAGUUGAGGCACUGAAGAUGGAGAACUCAAAUCUUCGACAAGAGCUAGAAGAUAAUUCCAAUCAUCUUACAAAACUGGAAACUGAGGCAUCUAAUAUGAAGGAAGUACUUAAACAACUACAAGGAAGCAUUGAAGAUGAAGCUAUGGCUUCUUCUGGACAGAUUGAUUUAUUAGAGCGUCUCAAAGAACUUAACUUAGAUAGCAGUAAUUUCCCUGGAGUGAAACUACGGUCAAAAAUGUCCCUCCGUUCUUAUGGAAGCCGUGAAGGAUCUGUAUCUAGUCGUUCAGGAGAGUGCAGUCCUGUUCCUAUGGGUUCAUUUCCAAGAAGAGGGUUUGUAAACGGAAGCAGAGAAAAUACCGGUUAUUUAGAAGAACUUGAGAAAGAGAGAUCAUUACUUCUUGCUGAUCUUGACAAAGAAGAAAAGGAAAAAGACUGGUAUUAUGCUCAACUUCAGAAUCUCACUAAAAGAAUAGAUAGUCUCCCUUUAACCGAAAAUUUUUCCUUACAAACAGAUAUGACCAGAAGACAAUUAGAAUAUGAAGCAAGGCAAAUCAGAGUUGCAAUGGAAGAACAACUAGGUACUUGCCAGGAUAUGGAAAAAAGAGCGCAGAAUAUUUCACUGCUUUUUAAGUUGUAUGCAAAAAAGGGAAGUCCUCAUUUAAGGAAAGUAGAAAGGGAACAUAGAGAAUAG